AUGUCUCAGCACAGGAAGGCGGCCUCUUUUAUAGACUCACAGGACAUCUCGACAGUCUGCAAGCCGCGGACUGGCCGAUCACGGGUUGCGGUACGAGGCAAUAUGCAGCUCGCCUGGUACGAGGGAGCCAACCAGAAGAAGCCAAUGGCCUUUGUCGCCUUUGACGUGCCUAAAGGUGAGGCGAUUCCCGUGUUUUCUCCGCCAUGA